GAGUCGCUUCCAUUCGGCUUCCGUGACCAUCUGCUCCCGCUGACGCUCUCCAGCUCAGCAGCGGCAGUGGACGUCGAGUUCGAGCUGGAAGAGUACGACGCUGCCGGCCGCCUGUCUAGGCUGCAUCCUUCCUCACCGUCGCGCUCGCCAUCCUCGCGCGCACGCGCACCUCCAGAACGGCGCAUGACGCUCUUCGACGGUGUAGCGUUAACUGUGGGCCUGCAGAUUGGAUCGGGCAUAUUCUCUUCCCCCGGGGUCGUCACCCUGAACGCCGGCUCGGUCGGCGCGUCGCUCUCCGUCUGGCUCCUCUCGGGCCUCCUGGCGUGGACUGGCGCUGCGAGCUUUGCAGAGCUCGGCGCCGCUAUUCCGCUCAACGGUGGUGCGCAGGCGUACCUGACAUACAGCUUUGGCGAGCUGGCAGGAUACCUGUUCGCGUGGAUUGCGAUUACCGCACUUAAGCCCGGCAGCGGCGCCAUUAUCGCCAGCAUAUUUGCAGAGUACGUCGCGCGCAUCGCGUAUCACGCCAAGGCGCACGCAUCCGCCAGCAUUACGCAGACCCAGCCAGAGCUACAAGACAUACCGCCGUGGCUCAUAAAGCUCAUCGCGCUCGCGCUGACCGUCCUGCUCUCGACGCUGCAUGCCCUCUCGACCCGACUGUCAACGCGCUUCCAGAACAUUAGUACGGCGCUCAAGUUACUCGCGCUCUUUGCCGUCCCCGUCGCGGCGGGUGUGCAGGUCGCGCGCCGCGGCAUGCCGGAGCAGAGCCACGCCGCUUUCGGCAGUUGGGACGGCUUCUGGAAAGGCAGCGCGCGUUCGCCAGGCGCUUAUGCGCUCGCGCUCUACAGUGGCCUCUGGAGCUUUGAUGGUUGGGACCAGGUCAGCUUGGUCGGCGGAGAAAUGAAGAACGUCAAGCGCGACCUGCCACGCGUGAUCCACAUCUCACUCUGCCUGGUCCUGAUGAUCUUCCUGCUGGUCGUGACCUCGUAUUUUCUGGUGCUGCCGCCAGCGCUCGUCGCACGUACCAACACUGUGGCGCUAGAUUUUGGAGCGGCGAUCCUUGGGCCGAGCGGCGGCGUGGUGUUCGCGCUGCUCGUCGCCUUUUCUUGCCUCGGCGCACUCAACUCGCAGUUCUACACGACCGCGCGCCUCGUAUAUGUCGCCGCACGCGAGGGCUAUCUGCCUAGCGUAUUCGCGCGCCUCCACGCACGUACGCGCACUCCGCUCAACGCCAUUGUCCUCCAGAACGUACUUGUCGCGCUCUUCCUCCUCUUUGGCAGUGGCUUUGCCAGCAUCGUCAACUUUUACGGCGUCUGCAGCUGGCUCUUCUAUUUUGCCACCGUAUCUGGUCUGCUCGUUCUCCGGGUCAAGGAGCCCAACCUCGAGCGCCCGUACAAGACAUACCUAUCCACGCCCAUCCUCUUCUCAGCAGUCGCCCUGUUCCUCUUGUUCAUGCCCAUCUUUAGUGCUCCGCUCGAGGCCCUCGCUGCAUUCGUUUUCAUCAGUGCUGGUGUGCCCAUGUACUACCUCACGCAGCAACGU